AUGGAUUUCGUCAACAAGCUCACCGGCAGCGGCAACAGCCAGAGCCAGGGUCAGACCUCGAACGAGCAGGUUCAGUCGAGUGGAUCUGCUGGAGGACAGCAGCAGCAGAGCAGUGGCAGCGGCGGCUUCCUCGGCGGUAUUGGCGACAAGCUCAACUCUGCUGCUGGAGGCGGCCGUGAGAGCGAGAAGAACGAGGACUACCUCGACAAGGGCGUCGACUUUGUACAGGAGAAGUUCCUUGGACAGGGCGCUCAGGACAACGAGUCUGCUGUCGAGCAGGCCAAGGACGAGCAAAUCUCCGACUUCAUUCGAGGCCAGUACAAGACCACUACCGGUUCAGAUAUCCCCAUCAAAGACAAGGAGACUAGGCUCGGCUAG